AUGAGAAUCAGAUUUCAGCAGUCUUUGGUGAAUACAAUCGUGCGAUUGGCACAAGAUUUUGUGGGCGCAAAUAAUUUGAACUUAUUGCUACCAAUUGGACAGUUUGGUACACGCUCAACGGGUGGUGAGGAUUGCGCGAGUGCGAGAUAUAUUUACACGGCGCUGAAUCCGUUGACUCGUUGGAUUUUUCCGCGUGCUGACGAUAAUGUAUUGAAGUAUUUGGAGGAGGACAAUGUGCGUAUUGAGCCACAGUGGUACUGUCCUGUGAUACCGAUGAUUUUGGUGAAUGGUUGCGAGGGCAUCGGAACAGGAUGGUGCACGAAAGUGCUGCCAUACAAUCCGAAAGAAAUCAUCAGAAAUGUGCUGCGCAUGAUUGACGGAAAAUCGCCACAGAAAAUGGUAGAUUUUUCUUUCUGA